AUAAAUAUGACCCUAUUUUUUGUGUUCUUUGCCACAAAACAAAACUCAAUAAUAUCUUAGUUACAUUCUAACUAUGAAGCUGUUCCCAAAACUCACAAACCCCCAUGUUAUUGGUGUUAUUUUCCUAGUUGUGUUAUUGGGAUUACAAGAAUUGAAAGUAACAGAAUGCAGAGUAAUUAGUGAAUAUGAUGAGAAGGUUGAGUACUACUCUGCAAUUGAUUGUAGAAAACACAGUGCAUUUUUAACUGAUUUUGGUGCUGUUGGUGAUGGAAAAACAUCGAACACUAAAGUUUUUGAAUAUGCAAUCAGAAAUCUUAGUCAAUAUGGUAAUGAUGGUGGAUCUUUACUUGUUGUUCCACCUGGAAAAUGGCUUACCGGAAGCUUUAAUCUUACUAGUCAUUUCACUCUUUUUCUGCAAAAUGAUGCUGUCAUUCUCGCUUCUCAGGAUGAAUCAGAGUGGCCCUCACUACCUGUGUUACCAUCAUAUGGUAGAGGAAGGGAUGCACCUAAUGGAAGAUUUAGUAGUCUGAUUUUUGGAACUAACCUCACAGAUGUUGUAAUUACUGGUUGCAAUGGCACAAUUGAUGGACAAGGAUCAUAUUGGUGGGACAAGUUCCACAAGGAUGAAUUGAAUCUCACUAGGCCAUACUUGAUUGAGAUUAUGUUCUCUAAUCAAAUUCAAAUAUCAAAUCUCACUUUGAUUAACUCUCCAUCUUGGUUUGUCCAUCCAAUUUAUAGCAGUGACAUUAUAAUUCAAGGACUUAAUAUAAUUGCACCAAUCGACUCUCCCAACACAGAUGGAAUAGAUCCAGAUUCUUGUAGCAAUGUAAGAAUUGAAGAUAGCCAAAUAAUAUCUGGUGAUGAUUGUGUUGCAAUAAAAAGUGGUUGGGACCAAUAUGGAAUAAAAUUUGGAAUGCCAAGCCAACACAUAAUAAUUAGAAGACUUAAAUGUGUAUCACCUGACAGUGCUAUGAUUGCAUUAGGCAGUGAAAUGUCAGGUGGAAUUCAAGACAUCAGAGUUGAAGAUCUCACAGCAAUCAACACUCAAUCAGCAGUUAGAAUCAAAAGUGCAAUUGGCAGAGGUGGUUUUGUUAAAGAUAUUUUUGUUAGAGGUAUGAAUUUGAACACAAUGAAAUAUGUUUUUUGGAUGACAGGUUCAUAUGGAUCACACCCUGAUCCUAGUUUUGAUCCAAAAGCACUUCCUAUAAUAAGUGGAAUAAAUUAUAGUAAUGUUGUGGCUAAUAAUGUUACAUAUUCAGCUAGACUUGAAGGAAUUAAUGGUGACCCUUUUAGUGGAAUUUGUAUUUCUAAUGUCACUAUUCAUAAUGUUGGAAAUAAAUUGCAAUGGAAUUGUAGUGAUGUUGAAGGGGUUACUAGUAAUGUUUAUCCUAAGCCUUGUGAAUUGUUGCCAGAGAAGGAAGGGAAGUUUGAUUGUUAUUUUCCAGAUGAUAAAUUGCCUAUUGAAAGUGUUGACUUGAAGACUUGUUCCUUUGUCAGUGGCUUAUUAUUUUGAGCAGUCAUUGUAUAAUUUUUAAAUUUUUUAAUGUAAUGCAUAAUGAUUUUAAUUUCAUCUA